UGGGCGCUAAAGCAAGGGCUUCACUUGCCUUAACCUUGACCCGCCCUUGAGUCCGCCGCCGCUUCCCGCAAAAAUGAACACUCCAGCACUUUCUGUCCGCCACAACCAUUUCCUCCACCGCGGCGCCACCGCCAUUCCACGACCACGCUCCAUCACCACCUCCACCUCCCCUUUCCGCGUCCGCAUGUCUCUCCAAGAGAACGGCCCAUCCGUUGCCGUCGUCGGCGUCACCGGCGCGGUCGGUCAAGAGUUUCUCUCCGUUCUCUCCGACCGUGAUUUCCCUUACCGUUCACUCAAACUCCUCGCAAGCAAAAGAUCAGCUGGUAAAUCAAUGAAAUUCGAAGACAGAGAUUAUACAGUUGAAGAGCUCACGGAGGAUAGUUUUGAAGGGAUAGAUAUAGCAUUGUUCAGUGCUGGCGGUUCUAUUAGUAAGAAAUUUGGACCGUUAGCGGCUCAAAAGGGGACUAUAGUGGUGGAUAAUAGCUCGGCGUUUCGAAUGGAUGAGAACGUGCCUCUCGUGAUACCCGAAGUGAAUCCUGAAGCAAUGGCGCAUGUGAAGCUAGGUUCUGGAAAAGGAGCGAUUAUUGCUAAUCCCAAUUGCUCUACUAUUAUUUGCUUGAUGGCUGUUACUCCUCUUCAUCGUCGUGCUAAGGUCAAACGCAUGGUUGUUAGUACAUAUCAGGCAGCUAGUGGUGCUGGUGCUGCUGCAAUGGAAGAGCUAGUUCAGCAGACUCGUGAGGUCCUGGAGGGCAAAGAACCAACUUGCAAUAUCUUUAAUCAGCAGUAUGCUUUUAAUCUUUUCUCACAUAACGCACCUGUUCAACCCAAUGGAUAUAACGAAGAGGAAAUGAAGCUGGUCAAAGAAACAAGAAAAAUAUGGAAUGACAUGGAUGUCAAGGUUACUGCAACAUGUAUACGUGUUCCUGUUAUGCGUGCACAUGCUGAGAGCGUGAAUCUUCAAUUUGAGAAGCCCCUUGAUGAGGAUACUGCAAGGGAUAUCCUUAAAAAUGCACCAGGUAUAAUUAUCAUUGAUGAUCGUGCUAGUAAUCGAUUUCCAACCCCACUUGAAGUUUCCAACAAGGAUGAUGUUGCAGUUGGGCGAGUACGCCGUGAUGUUUCCCAAGAUGGAGAUUAUGGGCUGGACAUCUUUGUUUGUGGUGAUCAAAUACGCAAGGGAGCCGCCCUUAAUGCCGUCCAGAUUGCAGAGAUGCUGUUGUAGUUUUGCGAAUAUAGCUUCAUAAAAAAAAGGGUUUUGCGAUACAGCGCCCAAAGGUUCUAUUUUUGCUUGAAUGUGAGAGACGUAGAACCUGAGGAAGAUAGAGGUGGUCGUGUUUUCCUCUAACAGUUACAUUUUGCUCAUUGGGGUUUGGCAAUCUUCAUUCUAGUUUGAGGAGAAAUUUUGCUUCAGACUCUCGUUUCUGCGAAACUUUUGUUAUUUAUAAUAAUUGUGUUGGCUGAGCUAAUGAGUUGCCCUUAGAUGGCUAA